CCUCCGCGCUCCUCCCGCCGCGCUCCUCCCGCCGCGCUCCCCCCGCCGCGCUCCUCCCGGCCCCGACUGCGGCUGCGGCGGCCCCGGCGGCACCAUGACAGAUCAGGCCUUUGUGACACUGACCACAAACGAUGCCUACGCCAAAGGAGCCUUGGUCCUGGGCUCGUCUCUGAAACAGCACAGGACCACCAGGAAGCUGGCCGUGCUUGCCACCCCGCAGGUCUCAGACUCCAUGAGAAAAGUUUUAGAGACAGUCUUUGAUGAAGUCAUCACAGUAGACGUCUUGGACAGUGGCGAUUCUGCUCAUCUAACCUUAAUGAAGAGGCCUGAGUUGGGCGUCACGUUGACUAAACUGCAUUGCUGGUCACUUACGCAGUAUUCAAAAUGUGUGUUCAUGGAUGCAGAUACUCUGGUCCUAGCAAAUAUUGAUGAUCUUUUUGAGAGAGAAGAAUUGUCGGCGGCACCAGACCCAGGGUGGCCUGACUGCUUCAAUUCUGGAGUCUUUGUUUAUCAGCCUUCAGUUGAAACGUACAAUCAGCUAUUGCACCUUGCUUCUGAGCAAGGCAGUUUUGAUGGUGGGGACCAGGGUUUACUGAACACAUUUUUUAGCAGCUGGGCAACAACAGAUAUCAGAAAACACCUGCCAUUUAUUUAUAACCUAAGCAGCAUUUCUAUAUACUCCUACCUCCCAGCAUUUAAAGCAUUUGGUGCAAAUGCCAAAGUUGUGCAUUUCCUGGGACGAAUCAAGCCAUGGAAUUAUACGUAUGAUCCUAAAACAAAAAGUGUCAAAAGUGAGUCUCAUGAUCCCACCAUGACUCAUCCAGAGUUUCUCAACCUGUGGUGGGACAUCUUCACCACCAACAUUUUACCUCUGCUUCAACAAUUUGGCCUCGUCAAAGACACCCACUCAUACUUAAAUGUGCUUUCAGACUUGGUCUAUACACUGGCUUUCUCUUGUGGCUUCUGUAGAAAGGAAGGCGUCUCGGGAGCCAUAUCGCAUCUGUCCGUUGGGGAGACCCCGGCUGCGGCACAGCCUUUUGUGUCCUCAGAAGAACGGAAGGAGCGGUGGGAACAGGGCCAGGCUGAUUACAUGGGAGCAGAUUCCUUUGACAACAUCAAGAGGAAACUUGACACUUACCUCCAGUAGAAACACUGCCAUUCUCCCAUGGACACAUCCACUUCACUGGGCACUUGUUUCUGAUACUUAGCAUCUAGAGCUGGGUUAGGAAAGGUCUGUUACAGUUGCUAGAAGCUUUGCUAAAAUUCAUCAGAUGAGGGGAUUUUGCAGGACAACAGGUGAGAACCAGGCAGAAGUCGCAAAGUAGCAGCAGCUCUGUUACGUGGACCGUGUUCUGCUUUUUAAUCCUAGGCUUAUUCAGCUCAUAUGUCGGAAAUUCUUACUUUUGCUGAUGGCCAACAAAUGUGGUAAGGGAACCCAGGCUAUUAAAACGGCUACAUUGCCGCCGAGAAACGUGCCAGUGCAGGCCCUGAAUCAGCCUCCCUCUGAUGGGACAGGGUAUCUCUCGCUUGCUUGCUUGUCGUACCUCUCACUAGACUUGCGUUUUAGAGUUGCUCAGAGACUGCCAGAGUGAUCGUGAUUCUGCUUUCAGGUAAAGACCGCCCGCGGCACUGCUGAGUGAUCCGUGAACCUCUCGACAGGUGGCGUUGGCCCAUUCUGUUUCCUAAUUGCAGUGUCUGAAACCGUUCACCAGUGUCCCAUGUGUACAGUAAGGCCGCAUGCUAACACGCUCUUGUUCGGUUCUGUGUAUCUGUAAACAGCAGUGUGUUCUCUGAUGGUCACCUGCCGGGGCACCUUGUAUGAAAAUAAAGACUUGUUGCCAUA